UCGUACAAACAGCCAAACCAUCCGAACAAGGUCAGCCAUCCAAACAAGAUCAGAUGAACACUAGCUAGUCGCAAACCAUUAAAUACCACAGCCAUGGCGAGCGCAGCAGGAACAAACAUGACCGGCGAGGCCGACAACCCCAAUAUUCUGCAUGCCACCGUUUCGAGCCUGUCAACGUUCCAAGAAUGGCGCGUAACCACCAUCGUAGUGCUCCUCUUGAGCUUGUUUGCGCUGUGGCUCAGAAGCAUGGCAUCUAGGCCACCGCUCCCGCCAUCGGCACCGGAGCUGCUCAAGACGUGGGAGUGGCCCAUCUUUGGUUCCUGGCGCUUCUUCUUGGAUCGGGCAGACUUCUUCACGGAAGCCGCGGCCGCGUCCAAGACUGGCAACUUUAGCUUCUACAUUGGCAAGCUCCACAUAGUCGGCGUGUCGAGGGAAGAAAGCCGGAGGAUACUUUUUGACAGCAAGGGACUGGACUUGGCGGCCGGAGUCGCAGCGUUUGUCCAGUCCUCUCCAUCAAUUGAGGCAGUCGAUGGCAAACCCCUGGGCGAUGAUCCAGGCUUCAAUGGUGCUUUCAACCGUACCAUGGCGCAUCUGCUCAAGGGCCAAAAUUUUGGCCGAAACCUCAAAUUCAUGGUCAGCGACGUGCACGAAGGUUUAGAGUCGGCCAUCGAGGCGGCCGGCGGCAGCGGUGAGGGAAUCAUGGAUACCUUUGAAGACGUGAACCUCAUCCUCUACCGGAUGACCAUGCGUACAUUUGGCGCGACCGAGAUCGCCAGCGACCCGGCGCUGUUGCGCAAGACCCUCGGAUUGUUUGAGGUGACGGAGCGCUCAUCGUCGCCCACCAGGCUCGUUAUCCCUUGGUUGCCCACGCUGAACCACCUGCGAAGGAUGGGGUCCGGGGCUAUGUUGUACUGGCAUUUUAGCAAAAUUGUGAACGAGAGGAAGAAGACAGGCAAGAAAGUCGACGAUGCGUUCCAAUAUCUCAUUGACAAGGAUGAGGAUAUGACAGGCAUCUUGAGAUUUACUCUCAGCGCUCUGUUCGCAGGCCAAAUCAACACGGGCAUCAACGCCGCCUGGGUCCUGGUAUACCUCGCCUUAACGCCGAGCUGGUACAGUCGCGUGCAGCAGGAAGUAGACGCCGUGGUCGCCAAGUAUCGCACCUCACCCAAUCAAGCCCCCGUCGAUGUCAUUCGCAGCCUGAAUCUGGAGCAGUGGGAGAACGAGCUGGCCUCCGUCCGACUAUGCCUGCGAGAGACAAUCCGUCUGCACACGACGGGAUCCGUAUUCCGCCGAAACAUCUCGGGACAAGACGUCUCGCUCGGCUCGUCGGGCGAGAUCGUGCCCAAGGGAUCCUUUGCCAUCUACAGCGUUGACGACAUGCAUAUGAACAAAGAGUACUAUCCCGAGCCGGAAAGGUGGGACCCUGCGCGUUACGAGGGCGGCAACGACCCGCCAUACAUGGGCUGGGGUUUGGGGAGACACCCUUGUCCAGGAAUGCGCUUCGCCAAGCUCGAGGUUGUGAUAAUAGUAACCCUGUUUGUGACCAUGUUCGACUUUGAAGUGGUUGAUGAUAAGGGGCGCAAGACCACCGAGGUUCCCGAAAGAGCACGGAACUCAUUUACGGCCGUCAAGCCGGCCGUCCCGGUACGACUCGCCCUUAAGACGCGACAAUGAUGAUUGAUGUCGUUCGUUGGCAUAUCAGGUUCAAGAUUGAAUGUCGUAUUAAAUAGUAUGAAACAAGAGGAAAAACAAAUUACAUCAAUGCAAUUGCCAAC